AUGUGGUGGUGGUUGGAAUAUUUCGAACGUUGGCGUGUCGAUAUAGCAUAUCGUUUGUUACGUUGCGUUUACAGUCAUAAAGAUUUCGAACAUCAUUGGUAUCCACAAAUUUUAAUAAUGCAAAUUGAUGAAAAUCCCGAAUGGCUUGUUAAUUGUCAAAAGUUAAUUGCUGUAGCGGAAUGGAUUAAAGAUGGUGCCGCAUCGAAUAUUGUUGCGGGUCAUACAAAUGACCCGGAUACCGGUGAAUAUUUGGGCUUAGUGGAAACUGCGGUCACACAAUUGAUCGGUGAAUCGUGCCUUAAUGCGCAUCAUUUGGUUGUGUCGUAUCAGAAUUUAAGUGAACUGAAUGAGACCGCUUCAGCAGUAAUUCAAUGUUCCGGUUUAGGAAUCCUGAAACCGAACACAAUUAUUGUCGAUUUUCCAAAAUGUGGCUCUUCAUCCAGCUUGUUGGCAAUUUUUUUUUGCAGUUAUUUUCUUGUUACGUUACUCGUCACAGAUAACGGCAUCAUUCAGUUACCUGUGAUGAGUGACGCAGCCUUUAAUUUAAAUAUUUAUUACAAUUAA